AUGAAUUCUCUAGUUGCCAAGCAUGGCCAGUGUAUACAGGUCAGUCCAGAUCCGAAAACAAGUAACAUCACACAAACUCUGCUCCGAGAAAAUCUUCUGCUUGCCAAGGAUAAUGUCACUACUGUUGGCGACUCUAUAUUAAGUGCUUCCGAACGCAAUCGUCGCUUGAUACCCUACAUGGCUUUCUAUUUGCCACCAGACUUCCCCAUCAAUCAGCAAUACGCCGUUCAAGGGCCCAAAAGUGCUCACCCAAUCGCCACCAAAUAUACGAAACCAAUAGCCGUGGAAGGUCAUUUAGCACCAGGCGCCGUCGGUGGCCUUAUAGCCGUGCCCCAGGAGUACAUGCACUUACGCGCUCCACCGCCCAGCACCUUGAACAAUGGAGACUUGGCAUAUGCACCAGCGCCACAGCCACAGCAGCAUUAUCUGCCAAGUGCAGGCGAUGUUUACCAUCAGCUACCCUAUGCUGCAGGUCCAACGCCAACAGUCAUUCCACAUCACACCCCACCGCCACUAUCCCAAUCGGCGAUCAAUACCAAAGGCAGCAAAGUGCCUGUAUUGCAUUUGCUGCCUCCCGGACCACCGGGUCCAACAGUUGCACCGAUUAUCAAACAUAAACACAAAACGGUACAACAUUUUCCGCCCACAAAACCACCAGCAUUGCAACAGCUGCCAUAUGAGCAUUUGCCGCCGCCACAGCGCCAGAAGACGAUGAUUCGUCACAAUGCUGUGCCAGAGCCGUUACACCAACAGCAACAAUUACCAGUAUUUACGUCGCAAUAUGAGCAGCAACAGCAACAACAACAGCAGCAGCAACAACAACAACAACUACAGCAGCAACAACAACACGCAUCGGCACUGUUGUUUCGCCAGCAAACUCGUCCAAAACAAUCCAAAGUCAAUUUAACACCAUUUACACCAUCAAAUACACUGCCCGGACAUUUUAUACCGAUUAUUUACACGCCAGUGAGCGACGACGGCAACGACGCCACUGCCAUCAUCUCCGGCAACAACAACAACAAUAAUCAUCAUGAUGCUAACGCACUUAAUUAUGGCUAUGGCAACCCGACGGUAGUGUUAGUUGAUGAUCUGUCGCCACCGAUGCAGCCAGUCAAUCUGCCACAACAACAACACCACCAAUUCAAGUCAGUCCCACUGCAGAAUCCCACAAUCAGCAACGAAUAUACGCCAACCUCUCCGGACAUACCAGUCGAGGCACUUCAGCAGCAACAGCAAAAAUACAUUACUGCAACAGGCGCACCAUCAGCCGCGCUAGCGCCUCAACAAGCAGAGUUGCCAACGGAAAGCGCCGCCAGCGCAGCACUGAUUCCACACUCAACGACAAGCCCAACCUAUCACAUAAUCAAUGAGGCAUCAGCACCUGUUCAUCCAUUAACAACCACACCGCAAAAAGACACACUACUGAGCAACGCGAAUCAACAAUCGCAGCAACUACAACUACAACAACAACAACAAACACAUGCACAUCUACAUCCCCAUCAGCAUUCGCAUUCGCAUUCUCAUACGCAGCAAUCUCAUCGCCAUUCAACGCGACCUCGCCAAAAACAUCCGCAUUUCCAGUCGCCUAGACCGGAGAAUUUUUUCGACGGCACUGACACGACACAGGAAUUACAACCACCACAACAGCAGGAAAUACUGCAUCAGGAGGAUUCCUACACAUAUUUGAAUGAUGAGUCAAUGACGCCACAGGAAAAAUACGUUCGCUAUUUACAGCAGCGCAUACGUUACAAUAAGCAGCAGCAGAAGCAACGUGACCGCGCUAAGGAGCGUGAAAAUUUCAUUGUACAACAACAACAAGAACAGCAGCAACAGCAGCAGCAGCAGCACUCAGAGUAUGAGCAGCAACAGCAACAGCAGUUGGCGCAUUUACAGCAACCGCAAUCGCAAAUUGUUGUGCUAAGCGAGAAUGAUGGUCCAGCAGCCGCACCCACGCCGUCGCCCUUUGCCCCUCUAUCCAAUCAGCAACAAUUAGACGUGGACACACAAGGCAACUAUCCACAACACAGCCCUAUAAGGCAUGCCGUGUAUCCACAUCCAGAGUUGCCUGUGCCGCCGAAUCAUCAACCGCAAACGAAUGUAGCUACGAUUAAGCAAGUUGUAAAAAUACCGGUGCGCACUUUGGUCAGUGAGGCAUUAGAUGCAUACCAGCAACAACAGCACCAACAACAUUUGGUGGGGCAGAGUGCAGGUGGUGGCGUCUAUAGGCAACAACCGCAAUUCACAAACGGACUAGGGCCUCCAACAACUCAAUACAUCGAUUACAUUGUCGACGAUCCCAAACAAUCACUCGACGAAGAACAACAACACAAUUCAGCAGCAUCGGCUGUGCCACAAAAAUCUGCACCACAACAAAAUGCUUUUAUUGUCAUUUCAACUUCAUCGCCACCAAUGAUUGCGCCCGCCGGCAUUAACCAAGAGUACUACGACUCCACCAGCAGGCCUGUCUACAAGCAACAACCGACACUACGUUUGCAGCCGCUGCCACCGGCAGGUAAGUCGCACAACUACGCCACAAAACGUCCAAUCGUGGCCACAGCGCCAGCGCCACCACAACCACCGCUACACAUACCGCAAUCGAAUGCAUCGCCGGCGGCUGUUAAACCGAAAUACAAUUUUGGAGAUGUUAUAAAAUCCACAGCACAAGCAGUCAAACCGAGACCAUCGCACAAGUAUUCGGGUGGUAUUGGCAGUAAGCUGCCACCACCCGCCGCACCGCCACCGCCGCCACAACAUCACGAUAAGCAACAAGUAAAUUUACCAGAAUAUUAUAAUCCACCAGUGCCAGUGGCAUUGAAAACUGCGCCCGUCGCCGAUGCCAAUCAAUUGCCCGACAUACGCUCAUCUUCGCUGGCGGAAAUAUUGCACAAACUACAGGCAAGCAAUCACUUGCCGAGAACGCUGACGCCGGAAAACAUUGAUAAUUCGAUUAAGACUCUGGUCAUGAUAUUGGAGAAUCUCAAGCAAACACAAACAAUUGUGCCAAAUCCAUCGCAACAUCACGACAAACCUGCUUCCUCGCCAGACUACGACUACGGCACGGGCAGUGAAGAGGUGAAUAGUGGUGCGCCUGACCUAUCGAGCGUACUGUCGCCAGUGCUGCCAAACAAGCAUCCAGGACCGAGCACGGGACGUGCCGGCAUCGAUUAUCCCAACUUAGCUGAGAUACCACAAACCAAUUUCAAUUGCGCGGAGCAACGGUAUAAGGGCUUCUUUGGUGACCCCGAAACGAAUUGCCAAGUGUGGCAUUAUUGCGAUUUGAAUGGCGGCAAGGCGUCAUUCCUCUGCCCCAAUGGUACCAUUUUCAGUCAGAUUGCCCUCACUUGUGACUGGUGGUUCAAUGUGAAAUGCUCUACAACCGCACAACUUUACGUCCUAAACGAGCGGCUGUACAAAUACAUUUUACCCUUUACGCCGAAAUUCCCAGAAGACUACAGUGGACCGCUUGUCGAUAAAUAUUUAGCAAUGAAAUUCCAAGAAAUGGAAGAGAAGAUGCGAGUUGAAAAGGAGAAAGUGGACAAAACAGCAAUCGCCGCAGUAGUGGCAGCAACAACCGCCACACAAACGAGCAAUCACAUUGAAAGCGAAGAAGUCAGUGGCGGAGUUGAUGUGGAGAACAAUAACAAUGUCGCCGACGACAACGUCAAUGAUGCAGAAGUGACCACAGUGGCAGAUCCGCGCACAUUGCCGAGAACACUGAACUCGCCAAACAAACUGGGGGCCAUUAAUGCGCACGUUAGUGAACAAAGCUCUGAGCGUAAUUUGCUGAUCGACGAUGAAGUCGAUGAUAUAUCACAACGCGGCAGCGUAGAUACAUUUGAAAGUUCUACCCAACCAACGGUGGCGGCAGCAUCAGUGAACAAAGACGAUGGUCUACUCACACUUAGUCAGAAACCCAUUGUGGUCUCCUCAACACAAGGACCAGACUAUGAUGAUGCGAACUUAGAUGAACGGCACAUACCAUCGCAGCAUUCCAUACGAAAUGCUGAAGAAGCAACAAGUCGAGCGGUAACAACCGAGACUGUACAGCGGACACCAUCACAGACGGCGCCAAUGCAAUCACAGGCGCAGUUGUUGCAACAGGACAAUCAUCAAGAACAUCAAGAACAAAUAGAAGCAUCGCCGAAGCCAGUACGUCAAACGUCAAAUAUCGAUGUGGAGAAAGUGGAAGUAAUCGAAAUCAAAGCAGAAGGUGCAGCUGGUCAAAUGGGACCGAAAAUGUACUAUGGCGCUGAGAGUGCAAAGGAUGCGCGAUAAAUGUGAAAGGAUAGGAAGUGUAGGUGGCGGACGAGAAGUGGGGGAAGAUGUGUGAAAAUGUGAAAUGUAAUUCAAAUGCAACAAAAUGAUGUUAUCAACAUGAUUUCUACAUACACACACACACACAUCUAUACAGAUAUAGUUUUCUUACGUUUAGCAAAUAGGCAAAUAUGAAGUGGAAGAAUUGCUAUUGGGAGUCAAAUAGUGAAAGACGAUCUGGUUAGAUGGCAUUUGUAUUUGCUAUUUCAAUAUUUUCUUCAUGGUAUUAUUUAUGUUUCACUUUUCUACUCUAACAAACACAAAAGUAAUUGUAGCACUAAGUUUUUUGUUUCUAGAAAAUUGGUUAGCGACUAAUUUUAAUUAACGCUUGUUAAUGAUUAUUUCUA